AUGUGGAGAAGAGGAUUAAGUGGCAGGGAACAGGACCAGGUUCAUGCUUUGCAACAGAUGCUGAUACCUAUUAGUUUGCAGCAGGGUACUGGGGACAAGUGGAGAUGGAUUCAUGAGGCUGAUGGGGUUUAUACGGUCAGCUCUGCAUAUGCGUACUUACUGGACCCAAUUGCUGAUAUGGAAGAGUUGGUUUUCAAAAACGCGUGGUCAGGAAUUGCUCCGUCAAAUGUGAGCGCCUUUGUGUGGAGGGUGUUACUUGACAGAGUGCAAACCAAGGUCAAUCUUCAACGAAGGAAUAUAAUUAGUGGUGAGGAGGCUGUGAGAUGUGUGCUGUGUCAUGCUGCAGAGGAAAGUACACGUCAUUUGUUUUUCUCUUGUAACCGUGUGGCACCUUUAUGGAACUCGUGUUAUAGGUGGAUUGGCUUGGUGACAGUUUUACCUGAAGAUAGACUCACACAUAUUAUGCAGCAUGAUAUUCCAUUCCUUUCACAGAAGCAAAAUGAUUGCUGGAGGGCGGUUUGGAAUUCUAUAAUUUGGUCAAUUUGGAUUGCUAGGAAUGGUGUGUUGUUUCGUGAUGAACAGUUCGAUGAUGCUUCUUUGUUUGAACUGAUUCAGGUCAGGGCAUGGAAAUGGCUAUCCUCAAAGGUGACAGGUGAUGGUCUGGUUGGGUUUGCUGGUAUCUUCGAUGGUUGGAAUAAUGGGGCAGCGUAG